AUGCACGUUAUCAUCGAUGCCAAAGGGGACAAUCGGUACAAGAUGCCGCGGAGCAAGGUGGCGGAUGAAGACGAAGUGGCACUUGCACGGAUGACUUCGAGACUUGAGGAAGAAGAUAGAUUAGAAGAAGUGUCAAACCUGCUCAGCGAUAUGGGUUACCAUUGGUUAAAAUUGUGCAAACACUUUGGCAAACAAUUUACGAGCCCAAAUGUUGCCUUUCAAUUGGUUAACAGAAUCUACGAUCGGGGGGGCGAAGAAAACGUCCACGAUUUCGUUCGUGGUCCAAGACUCACGCGCGGGCUGGGGUCGAAGGACUUGCUGACGUGUUCCAGUCAGUUGGUAUUUGUGUUGCGUGAUGUUGCGAGCUCUUUUGAGUCCCCAAUGCGAUAA